UUUUUCUUUAUUUAGAAUAAUUUUUUUUUAAAUAAUAAUAAUAAAGAAAUAAAUCGAGUUUAAUCGGUCUAAAAAUUGCUAUUGAAAUAUUACAAUAAGCCUACUAUGAUCAUAUAUGAAAAAUCAAAUAUCGUUAGACACGAUUUUCAAAUAGCAAUCGUGGAGAUGGCAACGGUUUAAAUCUUGGAAUAUUUACGUCUGUCAUUGAUAGAAUUUUAGAGCAUGAAUUAUCUAAAUUUAAAUGUUAUUAUAGGGCAUAAUCAAUUGUGCCGUAUAAAAUUAAUGAAAUCUUUAUUAUUGACAUAAUUAAUCUAUCAUUAUUAUUUAUAACAUAUAUAUAUAUUUAUAUAUUUCAUUUAUAUCUCGUGAUCGUGAAAAAUGUUUCGAAAUUUGGAUUCAACUUUUAACAAAUUGCGACCAGCAAAACCGUUUAAUUUAUGUGGUUUGAGGUAUAUACGGGAACCAUUUCAACCUUUAAAACGUUGCCCAAGAUGGGUUUGCGUCGAAGAUGCUAUCAAAAUAAUAAAUUCAGAACAUUUAGUAUUUAUACAAGGAGGUGCAGCAACUCCGUUGGAGUUAAUAAGAGCAAUGACUGAACAUGGUGUCUGUAAUAAUUUACGUGGUGUUAGAUUAAUACACAUGGGUUUGGAGGGAGAUGCACCCUUUGCCAAUCCUGAAUUUGAAAAACAUUUUAGAUCAAUUAGUUUUUACAUUGGUGCAAACGUUAGAGAUGCUGUCAACGAAGGUAGAGCAGAUUGUAUUCCAUUAUUUUUACACGAAGCACCAAAACUCUUUUAUGAGCAAAGAAUUGUACCCGAUGUUGCUUUGAUACACGUCAGUGCACCUGAUCCACGUGGAUUUUGUUCGCUUGGUGUUAGCGUCGAUUGUACACGAGCAGCUAUUUGCACAGCCAAAGUUAUAAUUGCACAAGUUAAUGAACACAUGCCUAGAACAUUUGGUGACACCGUUAUACAUGCCAGUCAUAUAGAUUGGGCAGUCAAAUAUGAUUGCCCCUUACCUUGUAUAGCCAGUACUCCUCCUAAUGAGAUCGAAUUAGAAAUUGGUAAAUUCAUAGCACAAAGAUUGGUCGAAGAUGGUGCAACAUUACAACUUGGUAUUGGAAAUAUUCCUGAUGCUGUACUCUGUGCUUUGGCUAAUCAUAAAGAUCUCGGUGUACAUUCGGAAAUAAUUGGUGAUACGAUAGUAGAUCUUGUUGAAAGAGGAAUUAUAACAAAUAAAUAUAAACUCAAACAUAGGGGACGUUUAGUUUGUUCAUUAGGAAUCGGUACUAAAAGGCUCUACGAUUUUUUACAUAACAAUCCUUUCGUUGAAAUGCUAGCAAUUAAUUACGUUAAUGAUACUCGAGUUAUAUCGAUGCAGCCAAGAAUGACUGCAAUUAAUUCUUGCAUUGAAAUGGACCUUACCGGACAAGUAUGCUCCGAUAGUUUGGGUUGUAAAAUGUAUUCUGGUUUUGGUGGUCAACUAGAUUUUAUACGUGGUGCUGCAAUAGGUCAAGACGGUAGAGGAAAAUCUAUUAUAGCAUUUCCAUCUAUCACGAGCAAAGGAGAAAGCAAAAUACAAGCUGUAUUAAAACUUGGUGCCGGAGUUGUUACUACAAGAGCGCACGUUCAUUAUGUAGUUACCGAACAUGGUAUUGCUCAAUUAUUUGGUAAAACGUUACGACAACGAGCUAAUGCCUUAAUUCAAAUAGCACAUCCCGAUCACAGAGAAUGUCUUGAAAAAGCAGCAUUUGAAAGAUUGAAAACUAUGCCUACGAAAUACUUGUGAAAAAAAAAAAAAAUGUUUUAUGAAUUACAUCGUCAAAUAAAUUAUUAUACCACUUUGACUGACUGUUCAUUAUGCAGUUUAUAUAUGUGCAACUAAAUAAAUAAUA